AUGGGGAUCAAGGCUGUGUUCCUACUCAUUGCCUCGUUCGUGCAUGGCUACAUUCGAUUGUCCACGCCGAGACUUUUCCUAAUGGUGCUGUUGAUGAUUUUGCCGGCGUUGAUUGGAUUGACUUCCGAUUCGAUUUAUCUCAGCUCUAUGUUUCCGGUGCAGUUCCUGUAUCCGAUACUCACGGCUGUCGCAGUCAUGCUGCUGGUCAAUGUUGCGGUAUUUCCAGAAUUUGGGAGUACACAGCUGUGCCUGACAACGAUCGAGACGAUCCACAAGACACAGAGCGUCCAAAAGGCGGCUGCCGAGCUCUUCAUCGCCUUCUCCGUCGGCAAAGACCCUGACGAAUGUGUCAGUAAGCUACGUGAUCUCACCAAAUCCAAAGCCGAGCUCCGCCAAAAAGUGACCGAGUGCAACGCCGUAUACACGGAGUGUUCCUUCGAGCUGGCAUACUCCGUCCUCGCACCCUGGGAGCUGAAGCCAAUCUCCAGGACGGGAAUCAAGCACCUGGUACGGAAAACGCAGAGUCUUGUGGGGGCGUGCGAGAGCGCAUUUGCUUUCUUGGGCAUGGAGCCAGAGCCUGCCAGCGGGACCAAGACACCGCCGUUCAAAGCCCGAAGGGAGGAACAUGGAGACGAGGAGCUGCUGAAACAGCUACUUAAGCGCGUGGAGGCGCCGUUAACGCAGCUGCAGAGUGCUACCAGUCGUGCGCUCGAUAUCGUGAGCGCAUGCGUGGCUUUCGCAUAUGAUUCACCUAACAUGCCCAUCAUUGGUACGGGCGCAAGCAGAGCUCGUAUGCCGGAUGGUAUCCUCCUCCAGGAGAUUGAUAUCCAUAUCGACUGGCUGGCCGCGACGAUCCACGAGUUCGGGGAGUCAUCCAGUUCUGCACUCGAGUCCGCGGCGAUUUCGGGCCCCCAGGAGGAAGAUCCCAACGUCGACAUCAUGCCGAGAGAGGAGGUGUUUCUCAUCAGCAGUUUUGUGAUGAAUCUACGGCAUGGCGCAGCACACACGCUGGAAAUGCUACGGCACGCACGCCACCUCGUCGAAGAGCGCGCCGAACGCAAAGCUCGCAGAUCACUGCACUUUCCGCGGAUCAAACUGCGGAAAUGGCUCUUCUCCGGCCAGGAAGAGGCUGGUACAACGCAGGCGUUCGACCGAGAGACGUUUGCACGUGAACUGGGUGACAGCUCGGAAGAAAACAUCAUCAGGGCCCACCAGAAAAGACGCUCGCGGGGCCGACGGGGCAGUUUUGCCGGAUCGAGGCUCAGUUAUGAGUGGCGCAGGUGCAGGAGGCUCCUUGGUAAGGUGCUCGACUGGGUCGCGAAUUCGGACCCGUUCAUCUAUGCUUUCAAGUUCAUGUUGGGUGUCAUGCUGGUUGCGUGGCCAGCGUUCGUGCCCAGCUGGAAUGAGUGGUAUCUGCUGAAUCGUGGAGUUUGGGCACCGAUGAUCUUCGUUCUCGUUUUCGAGAACGCUGUAGGCUCCACAAUCUGGAUCUUCUUCCAGCGAACGGUGGGCACAAUCGUUGGGUCAACGUUGGGCUACGCAGCAUACAAAUCUCGGCACGGCAAUGAAUUCACAAUCGCCGUGAUACUCAUGCUCGGAUCGAUUCCGAACUACUAUAUCCAACUUGGGACGAAAUACCAAAAAGCCGGCAUGGUCUGCACCAUUUCCAUGUGCGUAGUCGCACUGUCGACGCACUUGCAGACUGUUCCCGGCACGGUGGAGGAGAACUUCUACAAGCGGGUGAUCACCAUGAUGAUCGGAGGCACCGUGGCGACGCUCGUACAGCUGGUAUUAUUCCCCGUCAAGGCUCGUGUCCACCUCAAGGGGUGUCUAGCGAGCGCGAUAGUCCAGAUAAACAAGAUGGAGUCGUGUAUUGCCUCCGGGGUUGACGACACCAGGAACGUCAUCUCGUCCGCACACCUGUUUCGACGCUUCGAGCAAGCAGAGAAGAAAGCUACCGCCUCCCUUUCCGCCGCAGAGUCUUUCCUCGAGUCGACAAAGCAAGAGCCACGAUUGAAAGGCAACUUUUCCCCGAGGGCAAUAAUUUACAAAGAAAUAAUCUUCGUCCUCCGCCAAAUCGUCGACAGAAUGGAAAACAUGGUUCAACUCCGACAAGCAUACGGGUCCGCCGUGCUAGAACAAUACAACAGCCGGGUAUACAACUACCGGCGCAACGUCGCCGCCGCGAUCACUCUAACGCUCUUUGUCGUGCACGAAGCGUUGACGACCAAGCUUCCACUCCCGCAAUUCUUCCCCUCCGCACGCCUGGCGCACAUGCGCAUGGUCCUGCGGGUGCGCCAGAUCCUGCUGGAGGAUAACACCGCGCCGCCGUCGGAAGCGGGCGGCAACGCCAUCGACGCGCGCAUCGACCGCGCACUAACCCUACGCGUCAAGUUCCUAUCGUGGAAUGCCUCCUCCGCCGCGCUAGAAGAGUGCAUCGAGUACCUCGAGGAGCUCGUAGACCUCACCAAAACACUCGUCGGCGCAAGUGAAUUCCGCUCAGGCCUCCUCAACAGACCGAAUUAUAAAGAGUAUGUGGACAUGAUCAAGUCCCGGAGGAAUUUUACGGCGAUCGUGGAUGGUGAGCACCAGGCGGGCACGGAUACUAUAACGGUGGCCGCCGCGAGCGGGUACUCGGUCGGAAGGGUGUCGGAGCGUGCGCUGGAGGGAGUGCCGGACUCGCUGGCGAGGAUACAGUCGAGACGCAUGGAGGCGAGGCUUGAGAGACGGAGGACGAAUCUUGGGAAGGCGGAGGAGGAGUAG